ACACAAGGCAAACUCAAGAAGACGUACUGUAGAAGAGAAAACACCUCAUUUGGAAUCUACCUCCAGAUCAGUUUUUCUUGGAGCAGUCGAAUACAAGGUCAGGACUUGUCUAUUUGAGGAAGUUUCACGUGUCGUUGCGUUUGGCAGCAGUCACAUUUGUCACCAACAACUGGGUGACUGGAGCAGCCAAAGUCAUGCCAGCCGGGUUUCAGCAACUUGGAGGGGAGACAGUGACUGGAACCCUUGCUCUCUCAGUCUUCACUGCUGUUCUGGGAUCCCUGGAGUUUGGAUACAAUAUUGGCGUCAUCAACGCACCACAGAAGAUCAUUGAGCAGGAUUAUAAUUCCACAUGGGUGCACCGGUAUGGAGAACCCAUCCCUCCAGGGGUCCUCACAUCUCUGUGGUCACUGUCGGUGGCCAUCUUCUCCAUCGGUGGCAUGAUAUCAUCCUUUUGUGUGGGCUUCGUCUCAGAGUGGCUUGGAAGGAGAAAAGCUAUGCUCAUCAAUAACCUACUGGCGUUCAUCGGUGGAAGUCUGAUGGGGAUGUCAAAGCUGUGCAGAUCUUUCGAAAUGAUGAUCCUUGGACGCUUUGUCAUUGGCGCAUACUGUGGCCUGGCAUCAGGUCUAACCCCCAUGUAUGUUGGGGAGAUUUCCCCCACCAGUCUACGGGGUGCUCUGGGUACGCUGCACCAGCUGGCUAUAGUCACUGGGAUUCUCUUCGCUCAGGUUCUUGGUCUGGAGUCGCUGCUCGGCAGUGAGGAGCUGUGGCCUGUCCUGUUGGGUCUAACUGUGGUCCCAACAGUACUGCAGAUGGCACUUUUGCCUUUCUGCCCAGAAAGUCCCAGAUUUCUCUACAUUGUCAGAUGCCAGGAUCGUCAUGCUAGGAGCGGCCUCAGGAGGCUGACUGGCCGCGAAGAUGUGGAUGACAUUCUGUUAGAGAUGCAGGAAGAGAAGAGGAGGAUGGAUAUGGAGAGGAAAGUUUCAAUCCCGGAACUUUUUCGUUCCCCUAUGUACCGUCAGCCGAUCAUCAUCUCCAUCCUACUGCAGCUCUCUCAGCAGCUGUCCGGGAUCAACGCUAUUUUCUACUACUCCACCAGAAUCUUCACAAAGGCAGGAGUCCAGAGUCCAGUCUAUGCAACCAUAGGAGCUGGUGUCGUGAAUUGUGUCUUCACCAUUGUCUCGCUCUUCUUUGUGGAGCGGAUGGGCCGACGGACACUUCACAUGCUGGGUCUAACUGGGAUGUGCUUCUGCGCCGUCAUAAUGACAGUAGCUCUCGCUUUGUUGGAAAACAUUCCUUGGAUGAGCUACAUCAGCAUGCUUUCCAUCUUUGGGUUUGUUGCCUUUUUUGAGGUAGGUCCUGGUCCAAUUCCGUGGUUCUUUGUAGCCGAGCUCUUCUCACAAGGUCCCAGACCGGCGGCCAUGGCGGUAGCCGGCUGUUCCAAUUGGACCGCCAACUUCCUUGUUGGCAUGGGCUUCCAGUACAUUGCUGACCUUCUUGGACCAUAUGUGUUCCUCCUCUUUGCUGCAAUGCUGCUGUUCUUCCUCGUCUUCACAUUUUUCCGCGUACCUGAGACGCAGGGCAGGACCUUUGACCAAAUCACAGCAGGUUUCCACCAGCCUUCCGCAGGAAUGAUGAUGGACAUGGACAUCGAUUUGGGCACGGACAAGCAUUCUACUGAAAUGGACUGUCUGGACAUUCAAGAUAACUGAAUAUCUUCUCUCAAAAGUCAAACUCAAUGUGAUUGCAGUGUGCUUUCAUUUGUCCGGUACACAUCACUGCAAUCCAGGGCUGAAGUUUCCGUCCUGAUCUUUGGCUACGGGGAAUUUAAUUCUGUUGCACAGAAGAAAGACUUGUGGGACAGUGUGGUAGGGUCUCGUUUUAAUUCCACGGUGAUGCAAUAUCAGCUAAUAUGGGCGAAGAGACUGAAAUUCCUGCACUUUAUUAAAACACACCAAAGCUGCUCUACACUUUCUCAGCUCAAGUGUAAAUCAGAAAGAGCUUUGGCCUGCUCGACUGCCGCUGUGAAAAACUUUGACGGAGCUUAGGACCACCCAAUGAAACCUCCAUCAGUGUCAGCGAUCAAUCAUCCACACGGACACAAAUCUUAGGGGGUUUACAUUUCUUUGAUUUGCAUUUUAGCAGUGGAAAACUCACAGUGAGACGAGAAUCAAGAGAUCAACACAAUGUGUACAGUUCUGGAGAAGCAGGAUGCAAGACUAGCUAGCGAUCAGUCUGGUGGGCUGAAUGACAUGUUUAGAGGCAGAGCUCUAACCUGGAACAUGACCCAUUGUACAACAAAUGCUAGUCAUAAGUAUGAUCAUCAGUAUGUCAAUCAUCUGAGACCAGGGGAAAUUGGAAUUAAAACAAUCCCCUUGUUUAGUUCACAAUCAAGUCAUAAGUCAACUGCUGUUAUGCAACAGAGUUACAGAGCUGCUGCCUCCACAUCAACAAUCCUCUCUGAUGCCUUUAGGUCCAGUGUUUCUCGGGUCUCGUACGUUUGAUAUUUUGUUGGCUGCUCCUUUAAAGAAAAGACUGGUCAGAUAAGGCAGAUGAUCAACAAAAACUGAAUAUUCGGUAACUUAUAAAAGUUAAUUAGGGCAGUAUUCUGUAUGCAUUUUCAUCUGCAUGUGAGUUUUUGCAACACUGACUACUUGUAUUGUGGGGGACAUUGUGCAUCUCAAAAAGUCAAAUCUCGAGUGACUUGUAUUAGUCCAAGGUUUAUUUCUGUUGAACCAGAGUGUACUUGCCGACAUGUUCUGUGGCAAGCUGUCUGUUAUAAUUCUUGUGUGGAAUUUGUAUGGAUUGAUGUGGGUGAAUAUUUGAACUAUGUAAAUAAAAAAGCCAAUAUGUCAC